AAAAUACGAAUACUACAAUUCGUUGUGAUAAUUAUCCUGCAUAUACAUACAUAUGUAUAUAAAAGAUUCUUAAAGAUUAUAACUGUAAAAAAAAAAACAUAUGAAUGGCAAUUGCCUAAGUGGGCCUCUAAUGUUGGUGCACUUUAUUGAGUAAAAAUGUUUGAAAAGGCCAUGGAUACAACGAACUUAUCAUCUUCAAUUAAUGGCGAUCUGGACUCGACCAGCUCCGCCGGCACAUGCUCCGAAAAUUCCACAGCGCAGCAGGAUAAUCUCAGCUCACCCAUGGCGUAUGGAUCGCUAUUUUUGCCAAAUGCUGGCUAUCGCGGAAAUAUUUCGUGUAAAACCGUUUUACAAUUGGACAAAUUUGCGCCCUACGAAUCGACAGAGAAGGAUCUCAUUGAGCGACGAUUUCAGGACAUAACCAACGACUACGAUAAGUCGCCACCACCCACUGCUGCCACAACACCCACACACGCAUAUCCCAACCUGAACAGCAUUAUUUUUGAGAACGGCACUCUGGGCGAUCUGAAUGGCAACACAAAAUCGGACGCACUUUGCGGCAGUCUUCAGCGAGCUCCAGCAGGCAGCGGUGGUCAUCUGAUAUCCAAUCUGACCGCCGCACACAAUAUGACCGCCGUCGGCAGUUUCCCCAUCGAUGCCAAAAUGCUGCAGUUCUCCACAGAUCAGAUCCAGUGUAUGUGCGAAGCUUUGCAGCAGAAAGGCGACAUCGAGAAACUAACGGCCUUUCUGUGCAGCCUGCCCCCCAGCGAAUUCUUUAAGACAAACGAGAGUGUGUUGAGAGCUCGUGCCAUGGUCGCCUACAAUCUGGGACAGUUCCACGAGCUGUACAAUCUGUUGGAGACGCAUUGCUUCUCCAUCAAAUAUCAUGUGGAUCUGCAGAAUCUCUGGUUCAAGGCGCAUUACAAAGAGGCGGAAAAGGUGCGAGGUCGCCCCCUUGGAGCUGUAGAUAAAUAUCGACUUCGGAAAAAGUACCCUCUGCCCAAGACCAUUUGGGAUGGCGAGGAAACAGUGUAUUGUUUUAAGGAAAAGUCUCGCAAUGCGCUCAAGGACUGCUACCUCACCAAUCGCUAUCCCACACCCGACGAGAAGAAAACGCUAGCCAAGAAGACGGGCCUCACCCUCACCCAAGUGUCAAAUUGGUUCAAGAAUCGGCGGCAAAGAGACCGUACGCCACAACAGAGACCUGAUAUCAUGUCCGUCUUGCCUGUCGGCCAGUUGGAUGCCAGUGGAUUUCCGCGCAUGUUCAACGCACCGAGUUAUUAUCCUGAGACGAUUUUUAAUGGGCAGUAGUACUGAAUACAUAUAAUCUGAAAUGAUGACAGCACUGCUUUGUAAAUAGAUUUAAUAUUAAUUGGUCAUAAAAUGGCAAUAUAUUGUAGUUCUAGUGUUUAGUUAACUGCAUUCUGCUUUAUAUGUAUAUUGUACAGAAAAGG